AUGGAAUUUGGUAAUGGUCCGUACUUAGAAAUUACAAUCGAAGAUCAUCAAAGUGAUAAAUAUGCACAUGUCAUACUUGCACAUGGACGAACAAAAACCGGUUCACGGCGAGUAGCCAUAUGUGAAUUUCGACAGUGUAGUAGUCUCAGUGCAGGUGGUCUCUUAGGAACUAUGGUCGUGUGUGGUGUUAUUGGUCAUAUAAAUCCGGCAGCUGGUAUUCUGACUUUUAUAGCAAAAGUAGCAGCUGACUAUGCUAUAUCAAAACAAGAUGUAUCUGUUGUUGUAGCCAUUAAAGAACUUGUACGCGCCGGUUUUCUGAGAAUGGAUGAGACAACUAUGCAAAUUCAAUUAGGAUAA